AUGUGUUUCGUGUAUCUGAAGUCAUUAGUUGACUUUAUUCACUGAAUAUCAAGAUAUACAACAAUAGAGACUAUACUAGACUAUAUAAUCUUCUUCCCUUGUAACCCUCUCAAAUUAUCAGUAAUCAUGUUUAGUAAACUUUGGUGGAUGGUUGUAGUGAUUCUUUCUCUGUCUAAUUCUGAGAGAUCUUAUUGCAAGCUGGUUUGGGAGGGAUCCAUUGGGUUGAUCAAUGGUUUCACGUCGUUGACAAACACCAAGAAGCACGCCUAUGGUCAAACCUUCGACGACGAGAUACUUACUUUCACGAAUGGUACCGUGCCUUCUUUCUCUGUCAGCUUCUUUUUUGCUAUUGUCCCUGAGCAUAAGCACAAAGGCUAUCAUGGUAUGGCGUUUGUGAUCUCUCCCACCAGAGGGAUUCCUGAUGCAUCUGCUGAUCAGUACCUUGGAAUCUUUAACAAAGCCAACAACGGUAACAUCUCGAAUCAUAUCAUCGCUGUGGAGCUUGAUAUACAUAAAGAUGAAGAGUUUGGUGACGUUGAUGAUAACCACGUUGGUAUCAACAUUAAUGGAAUGAGAUCUAUUGACUCGCAUCCUGCUGGUUAUUAUGAUCAAGAUGGUCAGUUCAGAAACAUUUCUUUGAUCAGUGGAAAGCUACUCAGAGUCACGAUUCUGUAUAGCCAAGACAAGAAGCAGCUUAAUGUCACCUUAUCAUCACCGGAAGAGGCUUAUCACCCCGACAGGCCGCUUCUUUCGCUGAACAGAGAUCUGUCCCCAUUUGUUUUGGAGAAAAUGUAUGUCGGCUUCUCAGCCUCAACGGGAAUGGUUGGAGCAAUGCAUUACUUGUGGAGUCGGUUUUUCACAUACGAUCUUAAUGUUCAUGAACUAGACUUCCCUAUACCGACGUUUCCUCCAUAUCCAAAUCCAAAGUCUCAGGUGAAGCGGACUGUUAUGGUGACCUUCUUGACAAUUCUUCUCUUUAUUGCGCUUGUUGCCUCGGCUUUAAGUAUCUUCUUCUAUAAGAAACACAAAAUGGUAAAGGAGGUUUUAGAAGAAUGGGAGAUUCAGUGUGGUCCCCAUAGGUUUUCUUACAAGGAACUCUUUAAAGCCACCAAGGGUUUCAGUGACAAACAACUCCUAGGUAAAGGAGGGUUUGGUCAGGUCUUCAAGGGCACACUUCCAGGUUCUGACACAGAGAUUGCUGUUAAACGAAUCUCGCAUGAUUCAAGACAAGGAAUGCAGGAGUUCUUGGCAGAGAUAUCGACUAUUGGUCGGCUUAGACAUCAGAACCUAGUCAGGCUUCAGGGCUAUUGUAGGUACAAAGAGCAGCUCUACUUGGUUUAUGACUUUAUGCCCAAUGGAAGUCUUGACAAGUACCUCUACCGCAGAGGGAAUCAAGAGCCACUCACUUGGAACCAACGUUUCAAGAUCAUCAAAGAUGUUGCCUAUGCACUCUGCUAUCUUCAUCAUGAGUGGGGACAAGUUGUGAUUCAUAGAGACAUCAAGCCGGCAAAUGUCCUGAUUGACCAUCAUAUGGAUGCAAGGCUUGGGGAUUUCGGUUUGGCUAAGUUGUAUGAUCAGGGUUUUGAUCCACAUACAUCUAGAGUAAUUGGAACUAUUGGGUAUAUAGCACCUGAGCUCAUAAGAAGCGGAAGAGCAACCACAGGGACAGAUGUAUAUGUCUUUGGGUUGUUUAUGCUGGAAGUUUCUUGCGGUAGAAGGUUGAUAGAGCCACGAGCACCCUCCAACGAGGCCGUCCUUGCUGAAUGGACGUUAGAGUGCUGGGAAAGUGGAGAUAUUCUCGAGGCAGCUAGUGAAAGACUCCAUGCAGAACAAGAUAGAGAACAGGUGGAGCUUGUUAUGAAGCUGGGAGUGUUAUGUUCACACCAGGUUGCAACAAUUAGGCGGGACAUGUCUAAGGUGAUCAAGAUCUUGAACUGUGAUGUGCAGAUUCCAGAUAAUCUACUAGAUAUUGUCAAAGCUGAGAAGAUCAGAGUGUGGUCUGAGAUAUCUGAGAGAGCGCUUGGUGUCUUGAAUACACAAAUGUCCAUCGGUACCUUGACGCUUACGGAACCUUUUACCUCUCAUGGCCGCUGAGACGUGAUGUCCAGGUCAGUCGUGCAAUGAUGUAUGACGUGUUUGUGUUUUUAACAUGAAAACAUAUGAAGUGUUGCUUUAUAAUAUUUAUUUGUAUAUUGUAUUGUAUUGAAUGUAUCGUUGCUUUAUAAAUAUUUUAUGUUGUUCAUUGUAUUAAAUGUAUCGUUAUCUGGUUCAUUGCGAACUUCUUUAUUUGUAUAUAAACAUAAUUUUUCAUGUUGGUUCGGCUCACCAUAGCACCAAACAAAAAUGGGAGAUGCUUUAACGUGCGCUGCUGCAACAAGAAAUUGCGCAAACAAUUAAGCAUGGUGCAAGGUUGCUAGGUUUGUGACAGCUCUAGCUUGUUUUGAAGCUAGGAGUGUUUAAGUUCGCAUAAGGCUGAAGAGGUUUAGACCGGAUAUGCCUACGGUGGUUAAGAUCAUGGACGGAGUUUCUGAGCUUCUUGAUAACCUGCUCGAUAUUCUUAGAACUGAAAAGUUGGGGAAAUGGUACGAGAAGUAUGGAGUGUGCUUGAUACGGAAAUGACGAUGGAGUCUGCAGGUAACUUGACAGUCAAGAACAAUGACUUCUGUCGUACGGUAAAUGUGAUUGUAGGUGACGUAAGAUUUUUAACAUGUGAUGGUGUUACCUUUUCAAAAAAAUUUCAUGUUGUUGAUUGUAAUGAAUGUAUCGUAUUUAUUACUGUUCUUACUUUAUACCGGCGGUGUGUUUAUUACACAUGUGACCUGAGAAGUAC